UGUAAUCUGUAUAUUAUCAUGUUCUGUCUAUCCAAUGAUUGCUUUUUUUCUUCUUUUACUUUGUUUGCAUCCUUAGUAAAUUAAAUAAUUGUUUAAUUGAUACAUACGAAACAACAGAAUACAGUCGGCCAGGAUCCCCGUCAAUGCCACCAAUAGGAUGUUAAGCUUAUAUACAAAUUAAGCUGUGCGACUAGAACAACCAAAUUGUUUUAUAGAUUAUUAUUAUUUUUUUUUUGGUAAAAUGUAAAGAAGUUUUAUAGAUUUUCAUAUCACUCAUCAUCUCAUGUUCCCCAUUUAUUAAGAACUAAAGAUUUGAAGAUCUGGACGAUAAAAUGCGUUACUUGUCAAAUUUCUCAACUGAGUUUCCCUUGAGGCAGAUCGUAUAGACCUAAUGACGGAACGUCCAGACGAGUGACCAAUUUUUUCAAUUAAAUCGAAUCGUAUAUAUAUAUACACACGUAUAUUAAGGCCUAGAUAUAUUGGUUCAUUGAACAUGACAGGAAAAUGUUUGGACUAUCGUUACGUUUAUUAAGGCCUAGAUAUAUUAGAUAUAUUAUUCACACAAACAGGAAACCUUUACGUUUGGAAUAGCUACAAUAUUUGUAAGCAUAUCAACUUUACUUGGAAUCAUUAUUGGACCAUUCUCUUCAAUGGUCAUGAUUUUCUUUAGUUUUCAUGUUUUUUUUUAAUUGAAAAUUGCAUGGUUCAUUGAACAUAGCAAAAGGGGAACAUAGUAGGAAAAUGAGAUAGUGGAUUUGCCCCCACACAUUGACCCAUCAAAGCAGGUAUAUGAUCUUGCAACGCGCAGUCACUUAUUGAAUUCAUUUUACAUGCUUUUGCCUUUAGUUAUUCAUAUUUUGUUAUUAAAAUAAAUUAAAUCUAACGAAUUGUGUGAUAUUAUCAUAUAACUAUAGUAUGUGAUCUUACUGUACUGGAUGAGAUACAUAUAUUUGAAACAUCCGCGGUGACAGGAGAAAAAAAAGCUUACUAAAUUGAUGGUACAGUGAUGUCAAAACAAAGAUAAUUGUACAUUUCUGACAUAUGACUAUAUGAGACAAUAAUCUAAAGGUAGUUGUGUCAGGCUUCUCGUCAGAUUCUAAAUGUUGGCUCCUUUGCUCCUUCAAGCCAUGUCGUUUAACAAACAAUACCUUCUGAUGCUUCCCAAAGGUCUCCUCACUGUCCUCACUCCCCACCAUGAAAUUUGGCCCCAGUAUUCUUUUGGCCAGAACAUAUUGAUGCACCCCACUAGUCUUAUAAGAAGUAUCUCGAAUCCAUCCAGCUUCCAUUUCUUUAGCAAAUACCUCAAGCCACUGAGCAGGUUGAGCUCCGGUAACAUGUUUCAUUAGAAAAAAAACAUGUUUCAUUAGUAUCUCUACACAAAGGUCCAAGUGAAAAAGAAUCAGUGAACUUGUAUAGCAAGAAUAUAAACACUCUUAAAUUUGAUGAAGAUGAAUCAAAGCUGUUGAAGUGUACCUCAAAUUGGGGGUUUCCUCCAAAAAUCUCCAGGAAUGCCUAUGAUUAAUUUGUUUUGUCCAAGUAAUUACCUAUGUUGUGGUCCUGCAGGCUGUGACAUACAUACACAUGGCUGUUCAAACAGAAGUUCCUUUCACAUAUUAUAUAAGUAACAAAGACAAGCAAUUGACUUACUUCGGGUAAAUUGGUAGCCUAUAGUAGAAGAUACUCAUGAGGGUUUAUGAUGGACCAGAGCGGAUCGAUAACAAUAAGAUUGAAGCCUUGUUAAGGUUUAGCUUCAUAUAUAACGUAAGAUACAUUACCAAUCAACUAGAGCCAGAAAACUUCUGUCUCGUUCCAUACUAUUUAUAUAAAAUUUAAAUUAAAACACUCCCUGAUACUGCAUUUGUCAGUUGAGCAACCAAUUAAGACCACAAAAAACACCCAUAAGAUAAUUCACAUCAUCAAAUUCAUUGCUUUCAAAUAGUAAUUAGCAAAGUGAACUAGAGGAGAUAAAACUUUUUGAUCGCAAUGUAGAUUUAAAUUCAAUGUUAUCUCAUACAAAGAAGCUUGCCAAACUCCUCCAAGCUCAACAAAAGAGAGUUUAGCGUCACAACACUUGGCCAACAAACUAGAAUCAUUAUUACUUAGAUCUUUCGUUAAACUAAACAGCUCGACUUCCUAUAGAAACAAUUCGUGCGCUCCCAAGAAGAAAAAUUUGAAAACUAUCCACAAUCAACCUCUAGUCAUGGUAGACAACAUUUAAACACGGUAGAGAUGUAUGUGUCCGUUUGAUUUUGAAGUUAUAACCUGAAUACCUGAUGACGAAGAUUAUAAUAACACAGUCUGCUUCAAACAAAACCCUCCAAACUGCAAAGGACGACAGACUUAUAAGAACUUUCUGAUAAACCCCUGGAAGUUUUACAACUUACUACAAUUAAUCCUCUAUUUACCGAUAAACCAACGUUCAUUUAAUUCAAACAACCUACUCUGGUCUCUAGAUUUAUUUAUAGCUUUAUGUUCCAAAAGUAUAUAGUAAAAGAUUUUGAUUUUUGAUGGGGGGGGGAAUGGGGUGAGGCAUUAAAAGCUUUGAAUAAUUGAAGCAGGUUGUUUGGUGAGGGGUCGCUUUGAUAGUUUCCCCAAAUAUGGGGACGGUUUUAUUUGUGGGGGUGGUGGACACUGUAAACUGUGGCUAUUAUGACAAUGGCCCCAUCCAUACAAGUUAUGGCCAAAUAAUUGAUCCAGAGCUAUGUAAUUUCAAAUAGCAAAGAGGUUACGUGAAGAAGGAUACGAUCGUCAUUUACUACUAAACGGGUCCCAAACAUCCCUCCCUUUAUUAGACACGAGUCAACCAUUCAGGUCAACUGAGUUUCAAAAUUUACGGAAAGUACCCCUACGGUUAAAUAAAUAAAUAUAUAAACCGGUUCUGUUUCAGCAUAACGCAUAUAGUUUCAGUACAAUGCUCACGUGGCGUGAUAUAAAUGGUUAAUAACUUAUUAUCACUCUCUCUCUCCUCUUUCCCUCGCUUCCUCCUCUUUACUACUCCUCUGUUUCUCUCUCUGCUUUUCCCUCAUUUUCUCUAACUCUCUGCUUCUUCUUGUGGGACAAACACUAAAUAAUUUGCAUUCAAUCAUCUGAUUCUCCCAAUGCAUGAUCUUGGAUCUUGUUGCAGUGUUGAGAGCUGAACUUGGAGGAAGUCUUAAUCGGAUCAGAGAAGAAGAAUGUUGGAAACUGUGGAUAGCUCAGGAUUGCCGCAGAUACAGAGCUUUUGUUGCGGGGAGAGCAGUAGCGAGGAGGAGCUAUCGGUAUUGCCACGUCAUACGAAAGUGGUGGUGACUGGAAACAACCGUACCAAGUCGGUGCUUGUUGGACUUCAAGGUGUUGUUAAAAAAGCUGUCGGUCUCGGUGGUUGGCAUUGGCUGGUAUUGACAAAUGGGAUAGAAGUAAAGUUACAGAGGAAUGCACUUAGUGUCAUUGAAGCUCCUACUGGAAACGAAGAUGACGAUGAUCUUGAUUUCGAUAACACGCAGAGGAAUGGUUCUGAUAUGAUUUUUUCUUUUCCAGCAUCUGAGGACACACUUAAGCAAAGAAGGCAGAGAUCAUCGCGGUCAUCUCACAAGACCACGAGCUGGUCUCUAUCAUCUGACUCACAAUCAAAAAGCUCUGGUUUUACUCCUCAAAACAUGGUUGAUCUUAGCAAACUAGACAUGCCUGCUUUACUGAAAUAUUGGCGGCAUUUCGACCUCGCGGAUGCAAUUCCAAAUCCAUCAAAGGAACACCUAAUUGACAUUGUUCAGAGACACUUUAUGUCUCAGCAAAUGGAUGAGCUUCAAGUUGUUGUGGGGUUCGUCCAAGCAGCAAAGAGAAUGAAGAAAGCGUGCAAGCUCCAAUCAAAAGAAGCCAGAAACACUGAUCUUAACUGCAUCAGCUAAAAGAAAAGGCCAUAACUUAUAAUAGAUCCUGUAAUUAAGUAAGGUACUGCCGACUUGUUUAACCAUUUUGUGGCUUUGCUGCUAGUUUUAGUUAUUUCUGAAGAUGUUUGGCUAAGGAGUAGAAUGUUGUUUCUUAUUGCUUCUGUUGUUUAGCCAUGUAAUUACUCAUCAAGAAGCAAAAUGACCUGAAACCAAGAAACAUGAACUCUUUGAAGCUCCCAGUUGAACUGAUCCGAUCAUGAGGUUAUCUUAGGAUGUAAAUAUUAUGUUUUGAUAUGACUUAUCUCACUCUU